AUGUAUCAUGCAGUUUUUGCACAUGCCAUCUGUAUCCCCUUCUCUCUCGACGUAUCGGUCAAACGGCUGAGUAUACAAAACGAUAUCCCUAAACCGGUCCGCCCUACACCCCAGGCACCAAGCAACUCACAUUGGUCCAAUAAGAGCCCGUCAUUGGUUGACGCAAGCAGUCCGAAAAGUCGCCCACUACGUCCACCUAUUACUCCACCAACGAACAAAACGAAAUCGUCUCCGUCGUCCGGAAUGCAACCUGAGGCGUGCACCUCAGUGAUGGUUGACGGUCGUUCAAAUCCACAUCAAGCAGACUUUACAACGGCUGCAAGAGACUCACCAGUUCAUCGUAUUUGUGAUUAUGCGCAACUCUCUGACUGUAUUGAGGUGCAGCAAAANCUGGGGCAUUGUGAUACUCAAUCACCUCAAAGUACGAAAGAAGACGAUAGUGUGAGUGUGGCCGGAACAGUAUUCAAUGAACCAUGGGAUUCGAACGUCUGGGAGAAUCUUCUUGACUUGGCGCAUUAUGGUGCCGAAAAGCCUUGCUCAUCCACACUUAAACGACAGCAUUUUGACGUCCCAAUGACAUCGUGUUUAGAAGAGCCAAUAGCCGAGGAGGAAUACGACGAUGAGAUCGCUUGUUCGUUGGAGACGAGUUCCGAUGGCGAUGCAGAUGAUGAACAUUUGCAUAAAUGUUUAGCAAGUGAGGAUGAUAGUACAGAGUAUGGUACAAUGACUCUGCGAAAACGAAAUGGUUUCUGUCCGGAGAAGUUAGCAGAUAAUCAUCGUGAACUGCAAACAAGGCGAGAGGUAGCUAUAGUGGAACGUGUUGAGGGCGAUUUCGUUGAAAAUGUCUUCAACUCGAAUGGCAAGGAUGCUAUCAGGUUGGUGAAGAAAAAGCUAUGUUGUUCGCUACCAUGCGAUUUGUUUCACUUACAAGUAGGUCGUGAGCUGUAA